ACUAAAAUUUGGCAACAAAACAUACUGGCACGGGGGUGACCUACGGGCGAAGACGUCUGCUCGUUAUUUCGAUCUCGAAGAAACACGAGCAUUCUCCGGCUGUUAUUGGUAUUUAUUUAGUAAUUAAGGAUGAUCACGAUUAGUUCUUUACGAUAUUUGUCGAGAGUGUUUGAAAAGCCACCGACACUGUUAUGUAAUUUACUAGUAAGUUCCACUUCCAGGUGUGCAUUUUUUCAUAAAUCGAAACUUCUGACCAACAAUUUCAAAAUCGAAAUAAAAAUGCCAUCUCUCUCUCCAACAAUGACUGAAGGAACCAUCGUGAAAUGGUUGAAAAAAGAAGGAGACUCCAUCGAACCUGGCGAUGUCUUAUGCGAAAUACAGACUGAUAAAGCUGUCGUUGGUCUGGAAACAGAAGAGGAAGGAGUUUUAGAAAAAAUUAUUAUCCCCGAAAAUACACAAAACAUUCAACUCGGGGAGAUAAUAGCCAUUAUUUUGGGUGAAGGACAAUUGGAUGAAAAACCUUCUGUAGACUGUGUCUCCCAGAGCCCCACCAAUGUCUCCCAGAGUUCCACCAAAGUCUCAAAGAGUUCCACCAAUGAGCUGCUAGGCCCCUCGGUUAAAAAGUUAUUGCAUGAAUUUGAUAUAACACGCACUGAUAUUCCCAGUUCUGGUCCGAAGAAUAAUCUUCUUAAAGGUGAUGUGCUUAAAUUUAUCAAACUCCGUAAUCUUAAACCUUUGAAAUUAGAACAGAAACCCAAAAAGGCAGUCGUGAGUUCUAAAACCAAAGAGACUUUCGUGGAUGUCCCUAUUUCGUCGACUGAAAUGGAGAGUGCCCACCAACUCGUCCAGUCAAAGAUGUCGAUGCCCCACGGGUACAUGAGCGUAGAUUGCACACUCGACCACACUCUGAACUAUAUGAAAGACGUGUCUUUAAAUGAGUUGAUUAUAAAAUGUGCCCUCACCUCCCUGAAGAGAGUCCCUAAAAUGAACUCUGUGCGUAGCAAUAAUGGGCAGCUGCAAUUCUCAGACUGUGUUAAUAUUUCAAUGACUCAUUUUAAUGACGGCAAAUGCGAAACUGCAUUCAUCGAGAACGCGGGUGGCCUGUCAUCUAUUUCUGAAGGACAGCAGUCUUCAAAGAGUGCAUUUAGAAUUUCUAAUCUCAGUGCCCUCGGUAUAACCGACUUCGUGGAGGUAAUUUCGCCGAGUAACGUCGCAGUGUUGGCCGUCGGUGGCGUCCGGUCGGUUUUCGAAGAAGGUUCGUCGGUGAGAAAGAUGCGAGUGACGUUAUCCUUUGAUAACUGUGUUGUGGAAGAGACUGAAGCUGGUGAAUUUUUGGAGACUUUUAGAAAUUGUUUAGAAAAUCCUCUUAUACUUAUGUGUUAAAGUUAGUUGGAAAAAAUAUAUAUAUAAUAUAAUCAGAGCUCAUUCUGGGCAGAAAAAAGAGGCAUUAUUAUUCUAAAAAGACAAUAAUUUCUUUCUAUGGGCUUUACACGCUCUAUUAAAUAACAUUGUAAAUUAGUAAAAGAAUUUUUUUUUUACUUUACUAAAAGUAGCAAAGCAAUCAUAUUAAUUACUAAUUUUUAUUAAUGAAUGAACAUAUAUAUCGAGUUAAUGAGCUAAUUAGCUUAGUAAUUCAUUUAAAAUGCAUGCAUAUAUUAAUAAAUGUAUGUUUUUGAGUGUCUGUAGUUAUGAAUAAAUAAUUAAAAUGAUUAAUAAUAAUUAUGAUUUAAUGAUAGUGGAAGUAACUGCAAACUUUCAAAGACAAGUGCAACAAGGGGGUGUGAUGGCUAUUUUUCCUUUCCCAUAUAAAUCUACGUAUUGACAGCAAUGACAAACUAAGUAAAAAGAGUUGAAAAUAACAAAAGUUUAAGAAAUCCAUUGUAGAGUUUGGGGAAAAAAUAAAGAAGGGUUGAGGAAAGAAAGGGAAAAAAGGGUAUGGAGUCUAUUACAUCAGGGCACUAAUUUACUUUCGGGGCAACAGGAUAGAUUCUUUUGACUAAAAGGGCAGCAGGGUGCUGCACCCUGUUUAUCCUGCCUAAAAUGAGCUCUGAUAUAAUCAAUUUAAAAGAAUUCCCUUUUUUAAAAAAAAUGAAGCACUUUUAUUUUGCAAGUAUCAAUUUCAUAUGAUCUCCUCCCUCAGGGUGCGUAGCGUUUUUAAAAAGUGCUUAUUUUCUUUUUUUAAAAGUUCUUAAUUUUCCCUUUUCCAAGUUUAGAUUUUUCCUUUACCAUGUUGAUUUUUGCUAUGAAUUAGGCAGAAAGACAUUGUUCUAUUCAAAAUUUUUACAAUUACUUCAACCCUAAUCUAUUUCGGCACAUCGUCAGACUGUAGCAUAUGAAAACGACAUUCUAUUUACAUUAUUCAAAAAUCUUGACAAUUGUCAGAAACAACGGCAAAAGAAUUUUUUUUUGACAUGACUGUUAAAACAAGAUAAAACCAUCAACUGUUUUAAAGUGCUUAAAAAUAUUAUUUGAGUGCUUAAAAGGUGCUUAUUUUUUGUUAAUUAAUUUGGCUACGCACCCUGUCCCUUGUUCAUCUUUUUCAAUAAUGUAACUUAUUCUUUAGAUAUUGUGCUGAAUUUCGUUUCUGGAAUCGGCUGGACUUUGGCAAAUGUAGGAAAUAGAUUCUGUGACUUUCAGCCGAAUAAAAAUCAAAACUUUACGUUCAAAAAUGAACUAAUAUCCUGGGAAUGCAUUUCGUUUUUCUUAACGGCUCUUGUCUUUUCAUUUCAAGUAUUCUUUAAAUGUGCUUAUUAAAGUAGUUUGAAUAUCUUAAAUACAGGGAUAAAAAAAAAAAAGAUUUUGUUACUGAUUAAAAACAAGAUGUUUUGAUUGUUAAAAUGUGUCUGGAAAAUUUUGAAGAAACAGACGUCAGAUGUAGAAUUUUGUACUGUAUCUAGUAUAUUAAAAUUUAUAAGUAAACUAAUUAGGGUUUCACCAGAAAUAGUCUAAUUCUCUGUGUAUUCUGACAUUUAUAUUUUUCAAUAUCUAACUUGUGGAAUUAGGAAAUAUUGAUUAAAACAAUAAUGAUUAUGAAUUUUUGUAUUUUUAGGUAAUUUCCAUAAUUGUUGUUGUUUCUAAUGCCACUUGCCACACGGGCAAGCCUGCUUGGUGAAACCAAGCAAAUUUAAGGCAGAGUGUGUGUUUCUUGUUUUUCAGUGGCGCCAUCUAUGGCCAAGAAUUCGACUUCUGCCACACCAUAUGUCGCACCCAUUUAUAGGGUAGACCCAUUCAUUCCUCCACAGAUCAUCAUUUUGACCAAAUCAGAGAACGAUCGAUCUCCAAUCCAGUACCCCCAGAGGUUUUGAUUUGUUAUGGGAACAUGGAGGACUUUUGCGAAUCAACAGAUUUAGCGUGCAUCAGUCACUUUUACUACACAGGAAGUCUUCGACCGGCGGGGUUCAAACUCUCGGACAUGGACCCAGCACUCUAUCAACCAGGCUAUCCCGGCCCUCAUUUUCCAUUAUGACAACUGUUAUUGCUUGUAACAGAGUAUUCGCAUUCCUGGGAAAUCUGUGAUUUUGACUUUUAACGAAAUUUGUCGCGAGUUUCAAUUAAGAAUGCUAAAAAAAAUCGUGGAAGCACCCAAUUCGUCAUGGAUUUUGGGUAUUAUUGCUCUUAAUCCUGUUGCGUGAUAUGAAAAUCAUAAAUCGUGAUUUAAAAAAUGUCACGAUCACACAUGUCACAAUCCUUAUUCGUGCAAUAUUAAAAAUUAACCAAUGUAAUAAGUAUUAGUGUGAUUUAAAUAUAGCAGUGUGUAAUCUUUAUUUGUGGGAUUUUAAAAAAAAUCACUCAUUACGAUCUGAUUUAAAGGAUAAGCAUAAUUUUUUUUUAGUCACAAUAUUUAAAAAUAACAUGACAAGAUUUAUAUUUGCUCGAUUUAAAUAUGAAAUAUUGCGAUUCGUAUUUGCGCAAAUUAAAAAGUUGCUCCUUGUGAUGCGAUUUAAAAACCAUGCAUUGUAAUUCAUAUUCACAUGAUUAAAAAAAUCAAGUGUGAACAUAAAAUAUUUAAAACUUUUAACAAUGUUAGUUUUGGUUUAAAAAAUCUAAGUAAUAUUUUUUUUUCUGUUAAAGAUUUGACAUGUAUUUUUUUAAUUUCAUUUGAUAUAUUAUGAUAAGAAAUUAAAAUGUUUUUAUUUAAUAUUUUCAUAAUUAUCAUCUAUUUGAUAAUAUUGAAUUUAAUACAAAGUCAAAUGAAUUGUGUUUGAAGUUGGAUUCUUACAUGUUUCUUCUUCAUUUCAUAUCUAUUUACAAGACAGUAAAUUAUUAAAAAUAUAUGUCACACUGAAAUGUCCCCUUCAACUAGUUUUCUUCCCUUCUAUGACAUAUUCGUUAAGAAGUAAACCAAAUAUCAUUUCAUUAUUAUGUAUAAUUGACAAAUAAAUAAAAUUUUCUUAGAAUGUA